AUGUGCGCGAGGAAGUUGGUCGUCGCUCAUUUCAUGGUAGGAAAUGCAUACCCCUAUACAGUGGAAGAUUGGCUUGAUGAUAUUCGCCUAGCGAGCUCUCAUGGAAUUGACGGGUUUGCACUCAAUUUUGGCCGAGACGAAUGGGAGAAGAGUCGUGUGGCGGAUUGCUACCAUGCGGCUCUGCAAUCAGGUGUGCCUUUCAAGUUGUUUCCAAGCUUCGAUAUGACGUUGAUUCCUGCUAAUUGUUCGGACGAUGUCCAAUCUUUCUGUGACUACGUGACACGCUACCGUGGCCAUCCGAACCAGCUCCUUCAUCAUGGUAAAGUGUUUAUCUCGACUUUCGCAGGAGAGAGCAACCUAUUUGGUCAUACGGAUUUGAACCAUGCGUGGAAGUUUGUCAAGUCAACCUUAGAGGAGAUUGCUCCAGUACAUUUUGUACCCUCGUUUUUCAUCGAUCCUGCGCGGUAUCCACAUAUAACCGCCAUGGACGGUUACUUCAACUGGAAUGGUAGCUGGCCCCUUCACCUUCAUCCAGGAUCACCGCGCGAGGAGGUCAAGUAUCCCAGGCUGGACACUGACCGACAUCAUAUUCAUCAUCUAGGGGGGCGGACUUUCAUGGCGGCGGUGUCACCUUGGUUCUUCACACACUACGGGCCUGAUUCCUGGAACAAGAAUUGGAUCCGCCGUGGCGAUGACUGGCUCUAUGUCCGUAGAUGGGAGCAGCUCAUCGCUAUGCGCGACGAGAUCGACAUCGUGCAGAUCAUCUCCUGGAACGACUACGGAGAAUCGCACUACAUUGGACCGAUAAAGGGAGCGCAGCCUAACUCCCAGGCCUGGGUGGACGGCUUCCCACACGAACCUUGGUUGCACUUAACUCGCUACUACGCGGACGCUUUCAAGAACGGGCAUUAUUCUGCGAUUGAAAAAGACCAGAUCUACAUGUGGUCAAGACCUCAUCUGAAAGAUGCUGAUGCGACUGAGGAUACGUUGCCCCGUCCGGAGAACUGGCACCUAACGGACGACGAGUUCUGGGUCGUAAUUUUCUCCACCGCGCCUGGUCUGGUCGUCCUCACAAGCACCGACGAGCAGGUUCCUCAGACAGUGGAGGUUGCUGGCGGAGUGACCAAGCUGUCUUCCAAGAUGGUCCCUGGUGGAAGCAUGAAAGCGCAGCUGUUCCGGAGCCGCGUCCUGGCCGCAGAAUGUACGCCGGAACGUGACGGCUUUCGCUUCCAGACACAGCCAAGGGUGUUCAAUUUCAACGCGUACGUUACCAUGUCGGUAUAG